AUGGGUGGCGAAGAAGGUGUGUUGGAUAAACAACACAGGUAAGUGAGAGCCAUUUUUGGGAGGAGGAACAAUUUUUGAGUUGAGUAUUUUAGGAGAGAGGACCGGUUGAAUAGAUUGUUGUUUGUGUGUUUAUUUUUUGGUAUUUACUUUGUAUUUUUUAUUUGGAGUUGUUUUGAGAGCAUAAAGUAUUUCUUGAAUUUUGAGAAAAGUUCGAAGCUUAAAAUUCAUUUUCAUAUUUUUAUUUAUUAAUUUAUUCAAAACUUUUUUUUUCAAAUGCUCAGUAUAGAGCUCCCAUUUUUGAAUUUUACUAUAUUUUUCGAAACUUUCAAAACAUUAAAUUUAUUUCUUCAAUGUAAGAAAUCAAAAAUUUUUUCACGGAAAAUGUUAGGUUUCAAAAUUUUUAGAAUUUUGAAUGUGUGUUCAAAAACCAUUGCCGUAAGCAAGUUUGAAAAAAAUGAAUUGAAUUUUGUAUCAAAAGAUAGUGUUGAAUUUUCAUUUUUUUCAAAAUAACUAUAAUUCAAUUUUUCACAGAUCAAACAUCCAUCGUUCGGAACGCGAAGAUCAACAUUUACAACGCGUUCAAAGUCAAGGAUCCGACACGGCAACUAUCAAUUUUGUAACCGACGAUAGAAUGCAGGUAGGCUCUCGAGAAAAAUCUAGAUUUUCUCCCCUCCCGACUAACUUUACUUUAGAGUAGAGUAGAGAUAGUAUUUUAAGUAGUAAAAAUGAGGUCUUGUUGUUUCCCACCCCCGCGCGUGAUCCACUUCAAAUCCCUAUUCUUUUUCUUCUUUUUCAUUUUGCUCGGCAAGUUUUCUUAGCUCAAUUUUUUAGUUUGCAAAAAUUAAAUUUAGAGUCAUCAACUUUAAAAAAUAACUUUAAUAAAAUGGAAAUUUCAGAAAAAUAUUUUUUUUUUGAAUUUUCUUAGUCAAGUUUUCAUUUUUCCCUCCAUAUUUUUUUCGAAAACAAUUCUCAAAAAUAUUUUUAUAAUAUAUUUUCAUAAUUCUGCCAUCGUCUAUUGUUUUUGUGCCUAUGUUUGUACACAUUUUUUCCAUGGGAAACGAAAAAAUUAAUAUAUUUUUGGUCAAUAUUAAAAGUAUGCGCGCGAUGAAGCGAAAAGAUUUGCAAAGAAAAAGGACAAAGCCUAAUAAUAUUCCUGUUGUGGUUGUGAAGGUAACGGGAAUACCGCCUUUUUUGUUUUUUCUCUGUUUUUUUUAGGUUUUGCUUUAUCCCGGGAAUUUUGUUUUCUUAAAGUCUCUGAAAGUCAGAAUUUGGAAUCUUUUUGGAUGGGGGUUUCAAAAAUUUUUCAUUCAGUGUCUUCAAACUUUCUAGAACCCCCGCUAUAUCGAUAUCCGCCGGUCAGAUCAUAGAAAAAUCCCGAAAAGUGUUAAAAUUGACAGCUCCUUUAUCGGCUCCUAUCACCCCAUGCUAACACAUUAUGCCGAAAAGACACCGCAAAGAAAAGUGUCAGCUAGCGGCACACUUUCAAAUCUAUCCUGUUUUUAGAACUUAGGUUUCGUGAAUGAUUUUUUAACGGUCCGAAAAAUCCAAUUUUUGAACUUCAAAAAGUGGGUCGACGAUUUCAAGACUUGAAAAAAUUCCAAGCCAGUUCAGAAAAAAUUCGCGCUUCAAUUCAAUUUCCUUUCUUUUUCACCAAGAAAAAAACGCGAGGAAAAUAAGAAGAAAAUUGUGGGAAACCUGUCUUGAUUCAAAAAAAUUAGAUUAGCUUAUACCUACGCUCAUUCUUAAAGACCCUCAAUAUAUCAGCUCAUAAUUUUGACUUUCAACAACUUGCGGUAGCCUAGCUCCAUUUUAAAUUCCAAUAGAUUUUUCCGAACCAGUUCCGAAAAAAAUUCCGUUUCAAUUCAAUUUCAUUUUCAUCCUUUUCCUUUUUCCACAAAAAAUAAAACAGAAAGGAAAGGAAACCUUGGGGCCAAUAAUAUGACGAUGGAAUUCAAUUUAAACCACCAGAUUGGUACGAAAAUUAGCAUGUAUGUUGUUUUUUUUUCUUCCAUGUGUCGUCUUCUCCUUUUCUCUUCUUCUUCUUCUUGCCUUUUUUUUGCCUAUACACACUUCAAUUAAUCAUUUUCCACUGCUCUCGCGCUGUUUUUUGUUGUGUUGUGCAAAAAAGGAAGAAGAAAAAAAAACGCGCGCGUUAUGUUCGUUUUUUUCUCCUUUCCUUCUCCACCACUUCUUACCCCAUUUUCUUCGCGAAAAUGAAGAGGACCCACCAACUUUUGACUAGCUUCGACUACUUAAUGCUCUUUUUUUUCUUUUGCUUCUUCUUCGAUGAGAAAAUUGAGAAUCUUUUAUUUUUUGAGAAGAGAAGAUAGAUGUCACGUCAUUUUGCAGAGUUUUUUGAGUACUUUGGUACUUUUUUGAGUUUUAAUUAUAGAUCUAUUUUUGGCUUAAAAUUGUGAUUCCAAAUCUAGAAACUUUCAAAGAUCCACGGGAAUCUGAUCCACAAUGUUUCAUCAUUCUCAAUUCAGUCGUUCUUAAACCAUUAUUUCUUGAAAUGUAAAAAAUGUAUUUUUUUCUAUUUAGCUCGCCAUAUAAACUGACCCGCUCUCCAUUUUUUCGCGUGCUUUGGGUCACCAAAAAAAAGAUGUCACAAAAGAUAACCCACUAUAUACUUUUUUGUUUAUUUUUGUUUAUAACUUUACUCACUCAUAUCAAACAAUUCUUUUUUUUUCUAGGAAGAACACGAAGAUUACUUGGUGUAUAAAGAUCAAUACGAGGAGGAGGAACGACGAGAAUACGUGAUAGAAAACGGUGUGAAAAAACUGGUGAAUCAGCAUUUCGAUUCGAGAGGCUAUCAAUCACAGGGAAAAGGAAGUCGAGGAUAUCGUGAAAGGGAAAGAGCUAGAAAUAUGGCUGUUGAUUAUUCAUGUUAGUUUUUUUUUGAAUUUUUUUUUUGAGAAACGGAGAGAAAUUGGAAUUAGAUAGAAUGAAACUUUUUGAACGUGAUUUUUUUAUUCUGGAAUCUCAAAAAUAUGAAAACAAAAUUAAACAAUUAAUGGAGCAUUUUAAUUUAAAAACAUUUCUAUCUUAUUCUCUUCAAAUUUUCGAAAUAUCACACAUCCCUGAUUUAAGAGCAAUUCAUUUCAAAAGAUCAAAAAUCUAACCACUCCAGUUUUACUCAUUCUUUUCUUCUCAAAAAUAUCUUAUUUCGCCUUUUUUAUUUUUCAGCCAACGAUUUCCGUCAAUCUCUUGCUGCAAUUGACCAAGCAAGUAGAGAUGGUGCAAUUUCGAGAGAAGAUGGAGGUGUUCGAGUGAAACAAAUUGGUGACACUACAAUUAUGACAGAACAUCGUGAUCCUUACUCUUUUUAUUGGCAAUUAGAUCAGGUAGGAAUUUCGAUUUGAUUAGGAUGAAAAUAUAUUUUAAAAAUGUGGUCUCUCUGAUCCAAGAGAUUCGUAUGUGAAAGAUCGUAUUAAAAAACUUCCAAAUCAUUUCCAUAAUUCCAUAUCCAGGCUCGACGAGAAACCGAAUCCCCGCCACGUCGCCCACCACCAACCGAUUAUGUGAUAGACGAAGAAGAAGUGAUUGACACAGUUCUGUCGCCUGAAUCACACGAUAGCGGGAUGUAUGAGAAUCAAUAUAGUCGUCCACAACGAACACAUCCACUUCCACCGCCUCCAAUGCCACCAUUGGAAGAUGAUGAUAGAGAUUUGCCGCCAGGUUGGGAAAAACAUCAGGAUCCGAAUGGUUAUUCGUAUUAUUGGCACGUUAAUAGUGGAACUAUUCAAAGAGAUCCACCACCACCAAUUGUAAGUUAAUUUGAAAUCUUAUAAAAUAUUCGGAUCUCUUGAGAAACGAAUAAGAGCUCAGGGAUCCAAAAAACUUCGAGAGAACUAGUAGCACGCUUUGAUUGGUUUUCAGCGUGUACCAUCACCUGCUCGAAGUCCCACCCCUUCACCACCACCACCACCAAUCUACACAACUGUUAGUUUUGUGUGUUAAAGCUUCUUGUAUUCUCUAUUUUUAUGGGACAUCACUAACAGUUAACAUUUAUGUACUUUCUCUAUUUCUCACAUCAACAAAAAAUAAAAAAAAAACAAUAAUAAUAAUAAUCCCGAGUCAUCUCAUCUCAUAUAAUCUUCUAUAUAUGUUUUUUUUCUUGCAGCACAAAGAGACACAAGCGGAUGCUCCACCGACACAAAUAAUUCAGCUACCACCACAGCAACCCGUUAUUGAGGAGCACGCAUUCAAACAAACGACAACGAAACGACGAAUUGAACAAGAUGAGAUGAGUGAAGGAUAUGCAGAAGGUGAGACGAUUCAACAAGAAAUUGAUGCCUAUCAUAAACCGGUUCGAUUUGCUGUUAGAAGUUUGGGAUGGACUGAAAUUGCUGAGGAUGAAUUAACAGCAGAGAAGAGCUCACGAGCUGUUAAUAGGUAAGAACUAAUUUUUGUAAUGUGGGAUUUAUUUUGAAAAAGUCGUAAAAAACACAAAAGAUUCACUCGGAAAUUCGAUUUCCUGGUUUGGGUGUAAAUUCGUUUAUUUUGCGAAGGGUUCAGAAGUUUAUCAUGAAAAAUAAUACAUUGAGAGGGGAAAGGAGAAGAGUUAGUUCAAAAGUUAAAGUGCCUCGAGUGUUGAAAACUCUUUUCUAGGAGAGCCUGAAGAUUUUCUAAAGGGAAGACGUUCUAGACAAAACAGUUCAACCUUAAUUUUAAUUGAAGCAUACCUCAAAGCUUCUGGUCGAGUAAUAAGAAUCUCUGAGUACUAAACCACAUUCUCUCAAAAAUGAAAUAAAAUUUCCAGAGCUAUCAUUGAUCUUUCAACUGGUCGAAAUGACAUUAUGGACAAUGUCAGUAAAUGGGGAGAUGGUCGUGAACUUAUCAUGGAACUCGAUGAUAACGAACUCGCCCUUAUCGAUCCUGAUACAAUGACUGUUAUUCAUGCCGAGAAAAUCCAAUCUAUUCGAGUUUGGGGAGUUGGAAGAGAUAAUGGAAGGUUAGUUUUUUUUUUUUCAAACUCUCCUUUCUUUUUAUUUUAUUGAACAUCCUUAUUUAUCUCAUUGUUUUCAUUUUUUGUUAUAGAAAUCGGUGGGUCGAAAAUUGUCGUUUUGUAUAGCUUGCUGCCUAUUUCUGAGCUUUUUUUUAGAAAAUGUUCUCAAAAAAAUUAAUAAACGUUAAUUUUCAGAGAUUUCGCCUAUGUUGCACGUGAUCGAAAUUCGAGACGAUUCAUGUGUCACGUUUUCCGAUGUGAUACACCGGCCAAAACUAUUGCGAAUACAUUGAGAGACAUUUGCAAACGACUUAUGGUUCAUAGAAGACCGUCGAAUUUGCAGGCUAUUGAGUUGGGAGAACGAAGAGUUGUCAGAAGUAAGCAAAAGGGUUAUUGAACAGAUUUAUAGAAAUAUUCAUGAGAAUUAUUGUCCAAAAUCUUCAUUUUUCCUUCAUAAAAAAUGCUUCCAGCCGAAGGCCUCUCAACACCACUCGAUGAGCCACGAAAAGUGAUCCGUUGCCAUUUCCUCGGAGUCACCCAAGUUCCAAAAGCCACCGGAAUCGAAAUCCUCAACGAAGCCGUCGAUCGUCUCGUCUCACAAGUUCGACCCGAUCGAUGGAUUCUUGCUGAUGUUUCGAUCGCUCCAUCAACAAUCGCAAUUGUUGAAGUAAAUGGACAACAGAUUGCGGAAUGCCGAGUUCGAUAUUUGUCAUUUUUAGGAAUCGGAAGAGAUGUCAAGUGAGUUCUUUCUUUUUUGUUGUUGAUAUUUUUUAAUUUUCAAAAUCUAUUUAGACACUGCGCAUUCAUUAUGCAAAACUCUUCCGAAAACUUUAUGUGCUAUGUAUUCCACGUCGAACCAAGUGCAGCAUCAAUGGCCAAAACAAUCGAAGCCGCUUGUAAACUUCGCUAUCAAAAAGUGCUCGAUGCUCAUUCGAGUCGUCACCCAUCAGGAACAUCUUCAAUCCAUCAUGGCAAUCCACCAAGUAAUGCCUACGGCAAGGUUUUGCUUUUUCCAACUUUCCUUUCUAAUCACUCACUUGUUUACCUGCUUGUUUAGUUGACAAAAAUAGGAACAUUUUGAAUUGGACUUAUGAAAUCCGGUUCUACCAGGUCGUGAAACUUAAAAAGUAGUUCGAAUUUUCAGCCUUUUCCAAAGUUUUCAGAAGAAAUUUCUCAAGAUUGUCUUCUAAAAAUGAAAUGUCAAAAAUUGAAAAAUUUGAAACUCAUCUUAGCAUGUGAGCCAAAAAUGUCUUGAAAUUCCUGUUCAAAAAGUUCACUAAUCUUUUCCAAAUCUAAAAAUCACUGACUUUUCAGUUCUUCGCACCAAGCACCUCUCAAUCUUAACCCAAAAUUUUUAACAAUAAUUUUUACAGAGUUGGAGUGA